GGGAGGCGGGGUCUCGGGCGGCGGAAUAGUCCAUCGGCGCCUUUAUGACGGGGGAGCCUCGGAGCCACUACUCCGCAGAAGACGCCUCAAGGGAGGGCAGGUCCGUGGCGGGGCAGAGGUGACGUCGCUCCGCUUUCCCCCGUGAGGUCCGCGCCGCGGUAAUAUCGAAGCAACGUCCUCUCAAGUCGUGGUUGUGUCCUUUCCUACCCCCCCGCCGCAUCUUAAGGAUGGCCGCUCCCGGGUGGGCGGGGUCUCCUGCGCGCGCAGGAAGUGGCCGGCGGAAGGUUUAAGCGCCGCUCCCGCCCCUCGGUGGUCGCAGAUCCGGGCUCGGCAGCGGAAGGGGAGGAUGGCGGCGUUUCGGCAGCGGAGCCCUCUCAGGCCACCAGCUCCCUGGACUCAGGGAAGGAAGCGAGGUGCAGAUGGCAAACACAGAAAUGCACAUGAUCUAAGCUCACCUGCUUUUCACAGUGCAGAUACGUGCAGUGUGGCGGACAGCCGGCCGGACAGUUUCACAACUCCUGAAAGCCAUAAACCUCAAUCGAGGUGCUUGGACUGGGCAGCCGCCGUUGAAGAGGAUGAAAUGAGGACUAACGUUAAUCAAGAAAUGGCAAGAUACAAAAGGAAGCUCUUGAUGAAUGAGUUUGGAAGAGAAAGGAAGCUGUCUACAGGAAGCUCUGAUUCCAAAGAGUCCUCGGGAGCCAUGGAACUUGAGACAGAUGAGGUUGUUUUAAUGAGGAGACAGAAACAAAUAAAUUAUGGGAAGAACACACUGGCUUAUGACAGAUACAUUCGAGAAGUUCCAAAGAGCCUUCGAGUUCCAGGAGUCCAUCCAAGGACUCCGAAUAAAUUCAAGAAGUACAGCCGAAGGUCUUGGGACCAACAAAUCAGACUUUGGAAGGUAGCUCUGCAUUUUUGGGACCCUCCUGCCGAAGAAGACUGAAACACACCAAGUGUGAUAGUCCUGUUUGUUUUGGUGAUAUGGAAACCACCAUCUGUACAAAGUAAUUUUGCUGGGUCACACGCAGAUUCCCAGGACAGCUGCGUAAGUAGCUUGAAUCUCGCAACUAAAUUGCUGAAAAGCAACCAACUAGCCCACCUGCGGACACAUCGGUCUUUGUGGAACACAGACCCAACUUCAGUACUGGACUCCAGUUCUUGUUUUACUGAAAUAAACUUACUAUGGCUCCCCCUCAGGAUUACUUCCUACCAAGUCGGGUGGAAACGGUAUUGAGCUGAAUGCAGCCGUUUGGACAAGUGGCUGUUUCCAGAGCUUGUUGUUAACCUUGAUACCAGUUCUUAUUAAAAAGAUAAGCUAGCGACAGUGUUGUAGAACAGUAUCUGGAUGUUCUGUUGGCAUCAAGGCAUGUGUUUUAAAAGAAUGUUGUAUAUGCGUUUGCAGUGAAGAACUUCAUAUAUUAAACACCAGUCUCUUUUCA